GAGCCGCCGAGUCCCGAUGGUCUCCUUUGGAAGCUAGAAGUUCCCGCGUCUACCCCCUCCAUCCAUCUUUCCUGUGACGUCACCCGAAGACGCAGCCAGAAGGAGCCCUUUUGCACUUUUGCGGUUUCCCGGUUUGGCACCGACGAUGCACAGCACGCAGAAGGACACCACCUACACCAAGAUCUUCGUAGGAGGUCUUCCUUACCACACCACGGACUCCAGUCUCAGGAAGUACUUUGAGGUGUUCGGGGAGAUCGAGGAGGCGGUGGUCAUCACGGACCGGCAGACCGGGAAGUCUCGCGGAUAUGGAUUCGUGACGAUGGCGGAUCGUUCGGCAGCAGAUCGAGCGUGUAAAGAUCCGAACCCCAUCAUCGACGGCAGGAAAGCCAACGUCAACCUGGCCUACCUGGGAGCUAAACCCCGCCUCAUGCAGCCAGGCUUUACUUUUGGAGUUCCCCACAUUCACCCCGCUUUCAUCCAGAGGCCUUAUGGCAUCCCCGCCCACUACGUGUACCCUCAGGCCUUCGUGCAGCCCAGCGUGGUCAUCCCUCACGUGCAGCCUGCUGCCGCCGCCCCUCCCGCCACCGCGUCCUCCCCUUACAUCGACUACACCGGAGCGGCCUACGCGCAGUACUCAGCCGCAGCGGUCAGCGCCGCCGCCGCUGCCGCGUAUGAGCAGUAUCCCUACGCGGCAUCCCCCGCCGCCGCCGGGUACGUGGCCACCGCCGGGUACGGCUACGCGCUCCAGCAGCCUCUAGCCACCGCCGCCGCCACCCCGGGUUCAGCGGCGGCCGUCGCUGCCGCCGCCGCCUUCGGCCAGUACCAGCCGCAGCAGCUCCAGGCCGACCGCAUGCAAUAGCAGUCGCUGCCACCGGGGGUGGGCGAGUGGGGGGCACAGGAAGGGGAUGCCGAUCGGUCGAUGAUGAUGAGGAUGAUGAUGGUGAGGUGGCAACUUUUUGAACUUGCUGUGCUUCAACCAAAAACCCAGAGGUGGUGCUAGAAAUACUAGAGGAAGUACUUCUUCUAGGAAGUACGAAUCCCGUUGCUGUCUUUCAUGUUUGAUCCGCUGACAGCGUUCCUUGUCCUGGCUGGACCUUUCCGAUAAUCAGGGAAAUGUUUGCACCUCGGAUUGAUGCUGAGACCCCGCCCCUGGCCCCACCCACCCCCGUUCCUCCGAUGCAAAGCAAACACCAAAAUGACAGGAAAUAAGAACGCAAAGGGGGGGCAGUGUUGUUGUUGUGCUGGCGGGGGCGGGUGAGCCCCCCAGCGCCACCCAGACGGAUCCCUCUGGAAACUGGUUUGUUGAGCUGUCACAUUCUAAUCCCCCCCACGCCACCCUUUUUUUUUUGGGCGGGGGGGCAAGUUUACAGCCCACAGCUCAAUAUAGAGGCCCCACCCCACCCCAGCCCCCAGUCGCUGGGCCGUGUCAGCACUUCCACCUCCUGCAAAUCUACCCGGCAACCGCCUGCCUCAGCGUGCCUGACUUCCUGUUUCACUGCUAUUUAAAUCAUCCCAUAUUUAAAGUAUUUAUUUUUCUGGACGAGUAGUGCCGGUACUGUGUUCAUAAUAUUACUGUGUACUCAUCUCAAGGCAUACUGUAUACACAUAUACUCGAUAUAACUUAUUGAUUAGCUGUAGUUUUAAUAUUAUGAUAUAUUAACAUACUCAACCAAAAGUAGCUAUUUAAGAUACAUGCACUGUAUUUUUAUUUUUAUUUUCAACUCUAGCUUUUGUUUUUUUUUGUAAAUGGAGGAAUUUUAUUUAAAUGCAUGCAGAUUGUACUCAUCUGUGUAAAAAAAAAAAAUCUUUUUGACAAAAAUGCUGCUUUAUCCACUAGAAUGUGCCAAGUCGUCAGUAGCUGUGCUUACAGUAUUUGAUCCUGUGCUUCAUAUUCAUCCCACGGCUACUUUACAAUGUUUUUAUACUUGAACUAUUUCUUACAAGGGAAAUGAGAGAAAUAAAUGGCACACAUUUUAAAAAAGCUUUUCAUUGUCACUGGAUGAAAACAUGUCAAGUGUUUCUAUUU